AUGAUACGAGGAAAAUUUCUUGCAAUUUGGACUUUAAUCAUUAUUAUUCUUUUAUGGAUUUAUCAUCAUAGAAAAUUGUGCAAUUUCUCCAGCAAACAAGAAAUUUCUAUGAUAAAUUCUGAUCUUCAACAAUCAUCAUCAUCAUCAUUAUCGUCAUCAUUAUCGUCAUCAUCAUCAUCAUCAUCAUCAUCAUCAUCAUCAUCAUCAUCAUCAUCAUCAUCAUCAUCAUUUAUAAAAGGAUUGGAAUUCCGCUAUGCGCGGUACAAAAUUAAUCAAUACAAGACGAUUUUUCAACCAUUCUG